GCAGAAGCUCCCAGAGCGAGGACACCAGGGUACCAGCCAGGAGAGAGAAAAGCAACUCCAGACCCCCCUGGAAACAACCUCUCAGAAAACACACCCCCGACAGGCAGCCGGGCGACUCUCUCUCUAACACACGCUGCCCCAAGGCUCUACCAUCUCCCAGCUGGAAGAAAGACCCUUUGAAGAAGACACCAUGAGCACUGAAAGCAUGAUCCGGGACGUGGAGCUGGCGGAGGAGGCGCUCCCCAAGAAGGCAGGGGGCCCCCAGGGCUCCAGAAGGUGCUUGUGCCUCAGCCUCUUUUCCUUCCUCCUUGUCGCAGGAGCCACCACGCUCUUCUGCCUGCUGCACUUCGGGGUAAUUGGGCCCCAGAAAGAAGAGCUCCUGACUGGCCUCCAGAUCAUGAACCCUCUGGCCCAGACCCUCAGAUCAUCUUCUCAAGCCUCAAGAGAUAAGCCUGUCGCCCACGUUGUAGCCGACCCCGCUGCCCAGGGGCAGCUGCAGUGGGAGAAGCGGUUUGCCAAUACCCUCCUGGCCAAUGGUGUGAAGCUGGAAGACAACCAGCUGGUGGUACCAACUGAUGGGCUAUACCUCAUCUACUCCCAGGUCCUCUUCAGUGGCCAGCGCUGCCCCUCCACCCCCGUGUUCCUCACUCACACCAUCAGCCGCCUUGCCGUCUCCUACCCAAACAAAGCCAACCUCCUCUCUGCCAUCAAGAGCCCUUGCCAGGGGGGCACCUCAGAGGAGGCUGAGGCCAAGCCCUGGUACGAGCCCAUCUAUCUGGGAGGGGUCUUCCAGCUGGAGAAGGAUGAUCGACUUAGUGCUGAGAUCAACAUGCCCAACUACCUGGACUUUGCCGAGUCUGGGCAGGUCUACUUCGGGAUCAUUGCCCUGUGAGGGGGCAGGACAUCAUCCCCUCCCACCUCAAUCCCUUUAUUAUUUACUCCUUCAGACCCCUCAUCCCCUUCUGCUUUAGAAAGAGAACUAGGGGCUGAGGGCUGGGCUCCAAGCUUUAAACUUUGAACAGUAACAACACUUAGAAAUCGAGGUUGCAGGAACAUGUGGCCUGGACAAUGGGGCACUGACCACUACUGAGAAUUCAAACGAGGUCUUCCAGAACUCACUGGGGUCCCCAGGUUGGGAUUCCUGGGUGCCACCUGGGACACCUGGAAUGUGGGAGCCAGGGAACCUUGGCUUCUGUCUGGAACACUUCAGAACAUCCCAUGAGAAGAUCUCACCUAGAACUUGACAUGAGUGGACUUCAAGCCUCCCUUUCUUCAACUGUUUCCAGACUUCCCUGAGAUGGAGGGCCCACCCCCAGCCCUAGGGGGGCCAGUUCCCUCUAUUUAUGUUUGCACUUGUAAUUAUUUAUUAUUUAUUUAUUAUUUAUUUAUUUACUAAUGAAUGUAUUUAUUUAGGAGGUCAAGGUGUCCUGGGAGAGCCAGUGUAGGGGUUGCUUUGGCUAAGACAUGUUUUCUGUGAAAACGGAGCUGAAUUCUAGAUUGUUCCCACCUGGCUUCCUAGCCUCUGUGCCUCCUUUAGCUUAUGUUUUUUAAAAAACUAUUUAUCUGAUCAAACUGUCUAAAUAACGCUGAUUUGGUGACUGACUUGUCGCUGCAUCGCUGAACCUCUGCUCCCCAGGGGAGCUGUGUCUGUAAUCGCCCUACUGGUCAGUGGCGAGAAAUAAAAUGUGCUUAGAAAAGAA